AUGGCUGCCGUGGCAUCUUCGUCCGCUGUCCUCAGGAGCUCGUUCCUUGGCCAGAAUGUCGUCGCUCCCCGCGUGGAGUCCGCCUCCCGCACGGUGAUGACCCUCGGCAAGAAGAAGGCCGCUGCUGCCAAGAAGGCCGCGCCUGCUUCCGCCAUUGAUGCCGAGCUGGCCAAGUGGACCUACCUUCCCGAGGGUCUCCUCGACAAGUCCGAGAUCCCGUCUUACCUGACUGGCGAGGUUCCCGGCGACUAUGGCUACGAUCCCCUGGGCCUGAGCAAGAAGCCCGCUGACUUCGAGAAGUACCGCGCCAACGAGGUGAUCCACGGUCGCUGGGCCAUGCUCGGCGCUGCCGGCUUCAUCCUGCCCGAGGCGUUCAACAAGUACGUGCCCGGCGUGUGCGGUCCUGAGGCCGUGUGGUUCAAGACCGGUGCUCUCCUGCUCGAGGGUGACAGCAUCCAGUACCUGGGUGCCACCAUCCCCGUCAACCUGGCUAUCGCCACCCUCGCCGAGGUCGUCCUCGUCGGCGGUGCUGAGUUCUACCGCGGCAAGAACGCAUCUCCUCUCGGCACCGACCUCGACACCCUGUACCCCGGCGGUUCCUUCGACCCCCUUGGCCUCGCCUCGGACCCCGACACCCUGGCCAUCCUCAAGGUGAAGGAGCUGAAGAACGGCCGGCUCGCUAUGUUCUCGAUGCUCGGAUUCUUCAUCCAGGCCAAGGUCACCGGCGAGGGCCCAGUAGAGAACCUGACCACCCAUUUGAGCGACCCCUUCGGCAACAACCUUCUGACCUCGCUCGGCUCUGCCGCGGACCGUAGCCCCAUGCGGUCCUCCCCGUGCGGUGCAAGCGGAGCAGGUUCCGCUGCGGGUGCAGAUCCGGGGGAAUGGGGGAGCGUAGACGCGCGGGGAGAUAGGGGGGAGCUGGGGGUAGCGAGAGAAAGGGGAGGCGCGGAAGCCGUGAUGGGGGAGGGGAGCGGGGAGGGGUACGGGGAGGUGGCACAAGCCCGCGCAGGGAGAGAUGCGGACGGGGGAAGGGGGAACAUGGCGGGGGAAGGGGGGGAACGCGCAGCGGAAGCGCAAUCCGAAGCGGAGAGAGGGGGGGGCGCUGGAAGCAGGGUGGAGACGGGAGGUCGAGCGGAAGGAGAGACAGGGCCGGUGCGGGAGGGGGAGGGGGAGAGGAACGGGGAAGGAGGGGGAGCGGGAGCGGGAGCGGGAGCGGGAGCGGGAGCGCGAGCGGAGGCAGAGGCGGAGGCGGGGGCGGGAGCAGAAGAGGAUCUGUCGACGAUAGACCCGUGCCACAUCAUCAGGCUGAUCCGCACACUGCUGGAGGAGGCGGGGGGGGGAGAUGCGGAGGGAAGGGGAGGGGGAGACGGGGCAGAGGCGGUUAGCGAGGGAGGGAGGGGUGGGAGGGGAACAGGAGGGGGAGGCGCAGUGCGGGGAGAAGCGGAAGAAGCAGGGGGGGUUGGAAUGGACGAGGGGGGGGAGGAAGGGGCAGGGGAGGCGAGAGCGCGCGCUGGAGGGGAGAGAGAGGGAGAGAGGGGGAUUGCAGGUGGGGAGGUGAGAGAAAACGGGUUGAGAGGUGAAGGUAGAGGCGGUGGUGAUGCUGAUGAUGAUGAUGAUGAUGGGAAGGGGAAGGAGGGCGCAUGGGAGGGGGAGGGAGGAGGCGCGAGGGAGGGCGGCGAGGGGAGGAGGGAGGAGGCAGGGUGUGUGCUGUGGGACCUGGCGGCCAGUGAGGAACAUGCCGAGCUCAUGGUGGGUGCUAUGGUGGGUGUUGCGGUGGGUGUUGCGGUGGGUGUUGCGGUGGUUAAUAUGGUACGCAGCCAUGUACUGGACGUGGUGCUCUCUGUGCUCGCCUCUCCCUCCUCAUCACCACGACUCAAGGAGAUCUGCAUGGGGCUGCUUGCCAACCUGGCAUGCCACGUGGCGCCAGCACACAGCAUGACUGCCAUGGGCAUGGGCGGCGGUGACAGUGCGGCGCCCAGCAGCAUGAUGCAUGCGGUGGUGGGCGUGCUAAUGGGGGAGGACGACCCCCCCUGCCUCACUGAGACCUGCCGGCUGUUAGGCACGGUGCUACGCGGUGCGGAGUCAGAGGCAUGGGCGGCGUUCCUGUCAGGCUCUGCUGCUGACUGCCUGCCCCGCGUGCUCUGGAUCGCCGCCAACACCCUGCACCCGCAACUGCUGCGCAAGUGCACAGACCUGCUGCUGGCAAUGGUGGACUCCUCGCACCCCGCAUCACGCGUGCUGCUCCCUGCGCUGCUCGCCCUGCCGCUGCUCUCCACCCUCGCUGACCUCAUUGCGUCUGAGAUGGACCGACUCGCAGACGGCUCUCGGGACGAUGAUGACAUCCUGGAUGCGCUCCUGCAAGUGCCUGAGGCCAUCUCUCUUGCGCCCGACCCUCCGUCUGCUCUCCUCGCCGCCCAUCCCCGCAUGCUCCCCCUCGCUGUCUCUGUCGUCGCCUCUGCUCCAUCCCAUGCUGUGAGUGUGUUGUCUGUCCCUCGCACCCCCGCCCCCCUUGCACCCCCGCCCCUUGCACCACCUCCCCUUGCACCACCUCCCCUUGCACCCCCGUCCCUUGCACCACCUCCCCUUGCCCCACCUCCCCUUGCCCCACCUCCCCUUGCCCCACCUCCCCUUGCCCCACCUCCCCUUGCACCACCUCCCCUUGCCCCACCUCCCCUUGCACCACCUCCCCUUGCCCCACCUCCCCUUGCACCACCUCCCCUUGCCCCACCUCCCCUUGCCCCUCUGUCCGUACAGGCCGCUUUCUCUGUCAUCGCACGGCUUUUUCCUGUGUCAUGCCUGUCUCCGUGGCCGCCCAUCCGCCUCCAUGUCCGCUUCUCCAUUCAUCCACCUCCAUUCACCUCCAUUCAUCCACCUCCAUUCACCUCCAUUCAUCCACCUCCAUUCACCUCCAUUCAUCCACCUCCAUUCACCUCCAUUCAUCCACCUCCAUUCACCUCCAUUCAUCCACCUCCAUUCACCUCCAUUCAUCCACCUCCAUUCAUCCACCUCCAUUCAUCCACCUCCAUUCAGACCAGAUCAGAUGCAAUCGGAAGUCUGAUCAUCGUUGUACCUGAUGGGGGAUGGUUCAUCUUCUCGUUUCCUCAUUUUCUCUCCUUCACGCUCCCUCCUUUCCCACCCUCUUUCCCCUCCUCCCCCACUCCCUCCACGCCCACCGCACCCACCCACCCACCCGCACACCCCUCUCCACCACCUUGCACCUCCCCAACCGCUCCGCACCUCGCAGCACCGCAGUUUGUGCCGCGCCUGCUGGCCCUGCUCCCGUUGGUCUCGGACGACGAGGGUGCGCGUACUGCUGUGUGGUCGCUACUGCACGCUCUCUGCUCCCACGCCCUCGCACGUGGGGGAGGGGUGCGUGUCGUGCGCGGGGCAGGGGAGCCGAGGGAUGGGCUUGUAGGGGAGGAAGAGGAGGAGAGAGGGUUGGGGGAUUGUCCUGGGGGGGGCCGACAGGAGCGGAUGCAGGAGGAUGGAGGGGAAGGUGAGGGGGAGGUGGGAGGAGCGGAGGGACAGCAGCAGCAGCAGCAGGAGGCACUUAGUGCAGGAGUGGCUGAAAAUUCUGAGCAAAUGGAGGGAGGAGCAACAACGGCAGCACACCCAGAGGCAUCAACUGCAUCAGCAUCAGCAUCAGCAUCAGCAUCAGCAUCAGCAUCAUCAUCAUCAUCCGCAGCAGCAGCAGCAGCAGCAGCAGCAGCAGCGGUGGUGGUGAGCGCAGUGGUAUCAGAGUACGAGAGGAUUGUGGAUGACCUGCAGCAGCAUGAGGAGCAUGAGGCGGCUUGUGUGCACGUGGGCGACGGGAGUGGAGGUGCCAGGAGUGAGAGCGGUGGCGAGGAGGAGAAGGGUGGGCAUGUGGGUGGAAGGGAGGGGAGAGCAGGGGAUGCGGAUGUGGAUAUGGGGGAGGUGGAGAUGGGGGAAGGGGAGUGGAGGGAUGGCGGAGCGAAUGGGGCUUGUGGGGGUGGCGCAGUGGCAGCUCACACACAAGGCCACAAGGCAACAGUAUGUGUCUGUGUGCUCCCGCUCUCUUCCUUGCACCUUUCUUUCUCCCUCUUCUUGUCCCUUCCGCUCCAGUCUCUACUCCCCUCUUCCCCUCUUUCUUCAAACCUGCCUUUCAUUUUCCCCAGUCGGUAA